AUGACCCCAGAAACAAAAGAACCGCGUCGGUCUGCGGAAGAGCAGACGGCAAUGCACAGAAAAACUGAGGAAGACGAAGAAACAAAGGGCCUCUACCAGCUUGAACGCGAACCCACGAGGGAAGAAAAGACGGCCGAGGCCCUUGCAGAAGGUCACGAUGCCGACAUACCUUCCAGCAUGGGCUACGUCCUCGACGAACGCGGCGAGGAGAAGAAGAGGCGCUCCCUGGCGCUGGCGCGGACAAGAUCGCGAUCCCUAGCCCGGAAGUCUACGACUCGCGAUGGGGACAACGACGUGGAAAGGGGAGUGGACCCAACAGAGAAAGACGGCGACGGCGGCGAGAGCUCGGAAGACGAGAACAUUGUCUGGUGGGAUGGUCCGGACGACCCGGCGAAUCCGUACAACUGGCCGAGUUGGCUCAAGGUCCUCAACUGUACCCUGAUCAGUGCCAUGACUUUUGUCACACCACUGGCGUCCUCCAUCUUUGCCCCCGGUGUGCCGGAUCUCAUGCGAGAGUUCCAUAACAACAGCCCCUAUCUGGCUGCAUUCGUCGUCUCCGUCUACGUGUUGGGUUUCGCUGCCGGACCCCUCCUCUGCGCCCCCCUCAGCGAAAUCUACGGCCGGACAAUCGUCUACCACGUCUGCAACCUCUUCUUCAUCUGCUUCAACGUCGGCGCCGCCCUCGCACCCACCCUUAAUGCCCUCAUCGUCUUCCGCCUCUUCGCCGGCAUCUUCGGCUCGGCGCCCAUCACCAACGGUGCCGGUUCCAUCUCCGACAUGAUCCGGCAGGAGAAGCGCGGGGCCGCGAUGGCGGCGUUCAGUAUCGGGCCCCUAUUAGGCCCCAUCAUCGGGCCCGUCGCUGGGGGGUUCCUCGCCGACGCGGCCGGUUGGAGAUGGGUCUUUUGGCUCAUCGUCAUCGUUAGUGGGGUUCUUAGUAUUGUCAUGGUCACCUUUCUCCGGGAGACGUAUGCGCCCAUCAUCCUCGACAGGAAGGUCAGGCGCCUUCGUAAAGAAACUGGGAACACUCUGCUACGGUCUAAACUCGAUAUCGGGCUCUCCUCAACCGACUACUUCAAGCGGGGCAUCAUCCGUCCUCUCAAAAUGAUUGCCUUUUCCCCAAUCACCCAGAUCUUUGGGCUCUAUAUUGCCGUAGUCUACGGCUACCUGUAUCUCAUGUUCACGUCCAUCACGUCAGUAUUCAUGACGCAGUAUGGAUUCACAGCCGGCACAGCAGGCCUAGCCUUUAUGGGUCUCGGCGUCGGCUCCAUGAUCGGCGUGGUCUUCUUCAGCCUGUCAUCGGAUAAAUACGUGAAAAAGAAAGCCGAGGAAGCAGACGCCGUAGCCGACGCCACUGGCACGGUCCGCGAAGGUAUGAAGCCAGAGUACCGCCUCGUCGCCCUCCCAGCGGGUGCCGUCUUCCUCCCUGCCGGCCUAUUCAUCUACGGCUGGACGGCCGAGUACCACAUACACUGGUUCGUGCCCAUCUUGGGCACAGGCAUCGUUGGCAUAGGCAACCUCAUUAUCUUCAUGGCGUUGCAGAUGUACCUCGUGGACGCCUUCACCAUUUACGCCGCCUCGGCCCUUGCCGCCAACGCCGUCGUGAGAUCCGUAGCUGGCGCCACCCUACCUCUUGCGGGUCUGAAAAUGAAUCAAAACUUGGGUGUUGGCUGGGCGAGUAGCAUUCUUGGUUUCAUUGCUGCCGGAAUGUUGCCUGUGCCGUUGCUGAUUAUGAAGUACGGCGAGUACUUGCGGAAGCGUUUCGAACUGAAAGACCUGUAG